AUGAAGCUACUCGAAAAAGGCGCUCGCACAUCAGGAAGUCGCGUGCUUCUGCCUACGAACGUCCCACAUAUGGUGCAGCUCCACCAGUUUUUCGAGACAGAAACUUUCAUUAUUCUGGUGCUUGAUUAUGUUGAGUGCGGCAUGUUAUGGGAUUUUCUGAUACGUUACUUCAGUGAGUCGGAGAGGCGAUUUCUGCUCACAUUAGCAGCGAGUGGUGCAGAAGUGAGCUGUGAUGUUGAAGCUCAACAAACAAAAUUGGAUUCGAUGGAUUGCUAUCGAGGCCGUCGGCUUCACUUUUCUGUUGGAGUUGAUUUCGAGAGAGUUGCUGAAAUGCGUGACGAGACGCAUAGUAACGAUGUUCCUUCCGUGUCUGGAGUCUGUACCAUGGGUGAGGAUGCCACAGGAGCUUCCAGAGCUCCAGAAGAAUCAGCCAGUCAAACGUUGCUGGACUGUAUAUCCAAUGUGCGUUUUUACCUCCGCAGAGAAAGAAGGCGAGCAUGGCCAGGACGUCGUCCGCUUCCGGAACCAUUAAUUGUUCACUGGACAGCGCAGAUCGUCAGUUGGUUGUAUGUUAUGCAUACUGAACACGGAGAGGCAAUCGGUGAUCUGCGUCCUGACAAUUUGCUGAUUGACAUGGAUGGUAACCUGCAGAUGACGUACUAUGGUAAAUGGCAUAAUAACGGUAAACCGAAAGACAUUGUAGAAGGCUAUAGUGCUCCA